AUGACGAGCAAGAUGGAGCUUCUGGAGUGUCCCAUGUGUGACUUCACCGUGCUUCAGAAAGAUGACUACAUUCUCCAACUACACUUUGAGCAAGUGCAUACCGAGAACUCUCCUUUCGUGAUAGAAGACGACCCAGAACCGUUACCCCCUUCCUUGCCCCUCAGGCCUUCCUCACUCCGCCACGACACUGAGGAUACACCUUCCUCCGACGACUCGGAAGAGGAGGAAAGCACUACAGUGUGCCCUGACCCCAACUGCGGUGAAGUCGUUCCUCUCUCCGACUUCAACGACCAUCUCGAAUACCACAACGCAGAAACUUUAUCAUUUGACGAGACUACAGGAAAGUAUCAUUCUCAUCAUUCAUCCGCUACUAUGCAAGGCUCGACCUCAUCUCGUCGUUCCCAUGCGAGUCAGGCAAGGACCACAACAUCCGAGCGAAGUUUCAGCACAGACUUGUCAGAUGCUUUGAAGAGGACUGAUGGUCACGGCCGCAAAUCGAAGAAGCACCCACAUCGGCAUCGGCGCGACACCGAUGAGAGCGAGAAGAGUACCAUCGGAAGGAGCAUUCUAGGCUUCAAUCCCUUUGCGAAACCCGAUAAGUCCGUCAAGCCACCGAUAAAAAGUGCUCGGCUAGGUAAAUCCGAACUGGGACCCUACGCUUGGGAGAAUCGAAUGCCUAGGUGGCUGCACGAUCAGCUAGAUGCCGGCCCCAAGAUCACUGCCGUCAACCGCAUCGGCCGAGAUGGCCGCCUCAUCAAGCAUGAUCAGGUGCAGAACGAGACGCCAGGCAUCAUUCCCAUCCUUGCGCAACUAUCUGCUCUUGAUCGGACCGUGAAGGAAGCAUAUUACUGUCAUCCAUCGACACUCCACGUCGGUAAAACCCCAAGCGAAGGCGGCUUUUGCGGUUAUCGGAACAUACAAAUGCUGCUGUCCUACAUCCAAGGGGCCAAGGCUCAAGGCUACGAAGAGUUCCCAGGACGGCUGCCGACUAUCCUGAAGAUGCAAGAUCACAUUGAAGAUUCUUGGGAUAAAGGUAUCAACUCAAUCGGCCGUGUCCAGACUGGUGGUAUACGUGAUACCAGAAAGUACAUCGGCACACCAGAGGCUCAAGCCUUUUUCCUCAACUCAGAAAUCAACUGCGCUGUCGAGCAGUUCAGCGACAAUAAAGAUCGCGCCAUUGCGGCUCACGAGCUUCUCCUCGCUGCCAUGGAACGAUAUUUUGCGCGAGCGGCUGCCAGCGACGGAUCCAAUGUCUCCAAGACUCUUCUACCGCCUAUCUACCUCCAGCAACCAGGACACUCGAUCAGCAUUGUCGGUUUUGAGCGCCGCUUUGACGGCUCAUGCAAUCUGGUCGUCUUCGAUCCCAUGUAUCUCACGAGUCCUGCGAUGCAUAAGCUGCUUGGUCGGAAAAGCAUCAGGACAGCUCGACCCGAGGUUCUGUACGCAUAUCGUCGCGGAGCUGGGAAGCUUAAGAAAUACGCUGCUUACGAGAUUCUGAUGCUCACUGCAUCACCGCCUUUGUUUCCCGCUUGGGAUAUGGGUCUCAUCGACAAUGUUCUCCUAGGUCCUCAGCAGAUGCGUAACAGAUGCCGCACUCCAUCAGCAUCCUCGCAAGUAAUUACCGGUCUCGCGAGUCCUCCUGCCAGUCCAUCACGAUGUGUAUCUCCGCGUACGACCAUGCUGAAGAAGUUCGCCGGAAAGCAAGGUUACCAAGACCUAUCGCCAAAGUCCAUGCAGGAUCUAAGGCUUGAACUCGAAGUCCAUCGCAGCGCUCGCAACCACAAUGCAUACCCAGCAUCUCCUCCUUCAUCUAUUCGCUCUUUCUCGUCAGCUUCCCACCGUCAGCCGGCAUCGCCUUCUUUUGCUAUUGCCAACGGCGUGGAGUCGGAGGCAACGUCGCCCAUUGAUCCCUCCGGUACCAUGCUCUUCUACACAUCUAAUCGCAGCGUCGAUUCAGGUCUGCUCGGCGUCUGCCCGCUUUCUGAACCCCAGGUCGCUGAGUACAGAUUCUGGCGUCCUUGCGGCCGGCGCAUCUGUGGGUUUGGAUGCGGAGGCGCGAAUAUAGGCGAGGCGGCAGCUGCAAAGCGGCUAUUCCGACAAGCCGAGGAGGUCAUCCCUGAGAUGGAGGACGAGGUUGGUAAUGACGAUGCAGGAAUGACGCAGAGUGAAGAGCACGAGUAUGGUCUCGAUGGCCAGGCCGAUAACAGUACGAGCGAUGCAGGUCAUGCCAAUGGAGACGGCAAGUUCAGCACGAGCACUUGGGCAGGUCGUCGACUGGUGAUGGACUGGAACCAGUUCUUGUCAGGCUGCGAGAGGGAUGGCAUCGCGCAAUUCUGA